AUGCGAUGCCCCACGAGUCUGAGCCAGCCGCGAAGACCAGGACUCGAUGACAAGAAGAAGCACAAAUCCAAGAAGGCGAAGAGCGUCGCGUUCGCCUGCCCGGCCAGCCCGCCGCCACCGCUCGCCGCCGCUGGCCCACCGCUUCCGGAUGGCGCCGCGGAAUGCGCAAAGCGCGCGAUGGCGCUCGCCUGUGCGGCGCUUGUUGACAACCUCGGCUUCACCCACUGCCAGGGCUCCUCCCUCGACACGCUCUCCUCGCUGUCGAUCCGCUUCCUCGAGACCUUCUGCCUCAAGCUGCACAACAUCACCGAGCAGGGCGGCCGCACCCAGUCGACCAUCUUCGACGCCGAGGAGGCCUUCCACGAAAUGAAGGGCAUCGAGAUGGAGACGUCGGCCUAUGUCAACGCCACCCUUCAGACAGCCGUCAAAAGGACCGUGCCCAGGGCUCCCCCGCUCGGUUCGUGCUCGAAUCGAGGCUUCUCGGCUCGUCCUCUCGUGCCUGGCGCCUUGCCGGUGACUGCUCUCCCGGAUCACAUCCCCUCCUGGGCGCCGCCGCUCUACAGCCAGAAAUUGAACUUUGUCGACCCGUUCGCCCCGGUGCCAGAGCCAGUCGCCGAACCCCCGAUCCCGGUCGACGAUUUCCCGGAUUUUAUGGGCGCCGAUGUGCGGAGUUUGGGCAUCCUGCCCGACCCCCGGACGGCGCUGGUCGCCCCGAUCCGUGUGCGCAAGAACCUGCCGCUGACGGUGGACACCUCCUACACGCAGGUCUCCAUCCAGAUGCUCGAACGGGACGCCGACCAGGAGCACCCCGACACUUUGAAGGCCCCCGUGCUGCGCAUCAAGAUCAUGAAGCCGACCUCGUUCGACGUGUCGUCGCCGAUGAACUCGCCGGCCCUGCCCGUGCCGCCAAUGUCCGCCCCGCCCGUCCAUUCGAUGACCGGAGCUGCCGAUACCUGGACGAAUUCACCGCAACUGCCCACGAAGCCGAUGAUCUCGCCGCUGAUCGCCUCGUCGGCCACAAACUCCGGCCGCAGCACGCCGCUCCACCAUCCGUUUACGCCAUCAAAUGCGCAGCCGCCGCUCGGGCUCGGACAACCGAUUACGACGUCAAAUGCCGUGCCGGCCAAGAAACGCGGACGGCCGCCGAAGAAGGGCGGCGCGGCGGCGUCGAGGCGCGGAAGUGUCGUCGACGAUCCGAAUGAGCUCUCCCCGGCCAUCGCCUCCAUCGUGCAGGCGAUCAACGACGACGUGGCGCGGCAGCUGCGCGGCUUCUCCCCGCUCACCGCCACCAGCCCCACCUACAGCAGCCAGCCGGCCACCCCCACCACGCCCAGCGCCGCCCCCAAGAAGGUCAUCAGGCGUGCCUCCUACGUGCCACCCGUGGCCCCGAUGGUGCUCCCGGCUCGCGCGAAUCGAGGCCAAAACCCCCGGAAUCUCUCCCCGCCCCUGGCCACGCCCACCACCCCGGCCACGCCGAAGGAGAAGAAGAAGUUCGUCGAGAAGCCGCAGCCAUCGCCGGCCCGUCCACUCCCUGCCCCAAUUCCGCAAGAAUCUCCCUCGGGCUACCACCUGCCACGCCGUCAGCACCAGCCGCCGAAGAAGUUCCAGGAUUUCGAGUCGGAUCUGCCGCCAUCGCUGGGCGGCCGGAAGCGUGGCCCGUCCGAAGCCGCCGAGCCCUCGCCCACCAUCCGUGCCCCCACCACCAAGAAGGCCCGCCUGGACACGCCGCAGGCGACCCCCUCGGCUCGCGGCUCGUUGACGAAGAAGCGGGGCCGUGGCCGUCCAGCUGGUGUGGCCGGUCGGGCUGCGGUACCCAGUCCACCGAAGCAAACCGUGCCCAAGCUGCGUCUCAUCAUCCCCAGGACUACGGUAGAAGAGCAUGACGUCGAGGAGGACGAGGAGCCCGAGGCCCCGCCCGCCCGGCUGCCGCUCAAGCUUCGGAUAUCGUUCGGAUGCGAUCGGAUCGGUGAUGGCGCCCAAAACUCGCCGGAACCCCGCGUCGCCCUCAACAUUGACCUCGGCCAGCGCUUCGGCUUCACCGGCACCGUGAAUGGCGAUGGUGGCGACGAGGGCGAGGUGGAUGGAAGAGAAGCAGACGGCCCGGCGACGGAGACGAUCGACAAGCGCGCCAAGCCGGUAGAAGACCAACAAGGCCGGGACGUCGUCGUGAAUGCAAUCAUGGACGAGCUGUUGGACCGAAUUUCGGCCCAA